AACCCUAACACUACACUGCACACACAGACGGCAGAGAAAUUUUGGGGGAUUCUCACUGUUUCUCAAAUAUAUAUUACCAGCUCGGGUCCAGCAGUAUUUUCGCUUAUUUUUUCUUUUUUCCAUAUAUAUAUAUAUAUAUAUACACUUGUUCAAAAAUCUUUUAUUUUUUCCAUAAUUGAAAAUACAAAAUUGCUUUUCUCAAGAUUGCCUUGCCUUUGUGAGCGCAUUUACAAAUAAAUUACAUAUCUAUCUAUAUAUAUAUAUAUAUAUAUAUAUAAGUGUAUGAAUCUGACAGCCACUGCUAUUCAAAGAAUCAGAGGACCACCUUUCCGGCUUCAACAAUAUACCCGAAGUUUCUUCUUUUUAUCUCCUUCAAUCUUUCUACUCCCGCUCCGAUUCUUCCACAUUCCAGAUGGAGGCGCAUAAUUCUGAACAUGGGCAUCUAAUUGAAGUACGUGGAGAUGUGCCAGCUGUGGAAACAAGCAUUGUGGGGAGUAAGAUAUGUGGGGAAGCACCAUGUGGAUUUUCAGAUUCUAAAAACAGUUCCAAAGAUGCAAAGGAACGAUCAGCAUCCAUGCGGAAACUUUUCACUGCUGUUGUACUUUGUGUCAUUUUUAUGAGUGUGGAGGUUGCUGGAGGUAUCAAAGCUAACAGUCUUGCUAUUUUGACUGAUGCUGCUCAUUUAUUGUCAGAUGUUGCAGCUUUUGCAAUUUCUUUGUUCUCAAUCUGGGCAUCAGGAUGGGAGGCAACUCCUCGUCAGUCUUAUGGAUUUUUUAGGAUUGAAAUAUUGGGUGCUCUUGUUUCUAUCCAGAUGAUAUGGCUUCUUGCUGGGAUCCUUGUUUACGAAGCGAUUGCUAGAAUUAUCAAUGACACUGGUGAAGUUCAGGGCUUUCUCAUGUUUAUUGUUUCUGCAUUUGGUUUAGUGGUUAAUGUUGCCAUGGCCUUCUUGUUGGGGCAUGACCAUGAUCAUGGCCACCAUCAUGAUCAUGGACCUGGGGGACACAGUCAUGAUCAUGACGAGCAUCAUCAUAGUCAUGAGGAUCACGAUGAUACACAUCACCAUGGGAUUAGUGUUACAACACAUCAUCAUCACCAUCAUCAUCAUGUGAGGCAUACACAACAAGAUGGAGAGCACCAUAAUGCACAUGAAGUGGACAGCACCGAGCCCCUGCUUAAGCCUUGCUGUGAAGGUGAAAAGAAACCAGAAAGUGGAGCUAAACAGAAGAAGGAACAAAAUAUCAAUGUUCAAGGGGCUUAUCUUCAUGUACUUGGAGAUUCUAUUCAGAGUAUUGGAGUGAUGAUUGGUGGGGCACUUAUAUGGUAUAAGCCAGAGUGGAAGAUUAUUGAUUUGAUAUGUACCCUUGUAUUUUCAGUGAUUGUGCUUGCAACGACAAUCAGGAUGUUGCGGAACAUUCUGGAGGUUCUGAUGGAGAGCACACCUAGAGAGAUUGAUGCCACAAAGAUUGAGAAAGGUCUCUGUGAGAUGGAGGAAGUUGUUGCCAUCCAUGAACUACACAUCUGGGCCAUAACAGUUGGGAAAAUCUUGCUGGCUUGCCAUGUUAUAAUAAAGCCAGAUGCUGAUGCCGACAUGGUAUUAGAUAAGGUUAUAGAGUACAUAAGGAGAGAAUACAAUAUCAGUCAUGUAACAAUUCAAAUAGAGCGCCAAUGAAUUUGGAGGAGAAAAUUAGUUAUGGGUAGGGUGUUGAGCGUAGGAGGUGAUGUUAACCAAGAGGAGUUUCUCAAUGGCUUCUUUUCAAUGGGCUUGUGAUGUGAGAAUUUAGAUCCUUGGCUAAGUGUCUGCGUGUCCCUCGCGAUUGCACAGCUACUAUCAUGAUGUUUGAUGACAUGACUGAGUAAUAUUCGAACCAGGCCACAAGCUUUUCGUGUCUAUAUGUGUAUUUAUCAAAGCUCGAAGAAUAGAAGAUGAAUUGAAAAAAACAUAUUUAAAUUCGGUGAUGCAUCUAAUACAAAGUAAUUUAUUCAGACUAUUGAUACCACA